AUGAAAAACUGUAGUAAAAUGGCUGCUUCAUCAAGAAACAAAAAUAUUGCCCAGAAUUCUCCAAUAGACAGAUUAGUAAGAGUUGGAUAUUAUGAAUUAGAAAAAACAAUUGGAAAAGGAAAUUUUGCCGUUGUAAAAUUAGCUACUCAUGUUGUUACAAAAACCAAGGUGGCCAUUAAAAUAAUUGAUAAAACUAAAUUAAAUGAAGACAACUUAAAAAAAAUAUUUCGUGAAGUUCAAAUAAUGAUGCAAUUAAGGCAUCCACAUAUAAUAAGAUUGUACCAAGUUAUGGAGACUGAAAAGAUGAUAUAUCUAGUCACAGAGUAUGCAAGUGGGGGGGAAAUAUUUGAUUAUUUAGUAGCAAAUGGAAAAAUGAAUGAAAAUGAAGCUAGAAGAGUUUUUCAUCAAAUAGUCGCUGCAGUAUCUUACUGUCACACGAGAAAUAUUGUACAUAGAGAUCUAAAGGCUGAAAAUUUAUUACUUGACCCUAAUAUGAAUAUAAAAUUAGCAGAUUUUGGAUUUAGUAAUCAUUUCACAGAGGGUAAAAUGCUCUCAACAUGGUGUGGAAGUCCACCCUAUGCUGCACCAGAAUUAUUUGAAGGGCGAGAAUACGAUGGUCCGAAGGCUGAUAUCUGGAGUUUGGGAGUAGUUUUAUAUGUUUUAGUGUGUGGAGCAUUACCUUUUGAUGGGAAGACUUUACAAACGUUGAGAACAAGAGUGAUUUCUGGAAAGUUUAGAAUACCUUAUUUUAUGAGUGGAGACUGUGAACAUUUAAUUAGGCAUAUGUUAAUAGUUGACCCAGAUAAAAGACUAACAAUAAAAUCAAUAUUAGCUCAUAAAUGGAUGUCAUGUUUAGAACCUGUUUCAAAUUUAGAUUCAAGAUUAUCAAACGAAAACAAUUCAUUAAAUCCUUUGGUGGUUGAACACAUGUUAACUUUACCUGGUUUAGAUCAAGAAAUAAUUUGUAAGUCUGUAAUGAAUGACAUGUUUGAUCACGUGAGUGCUAUUUAUCAUUUAUUGGUGGACAAAUUAGACCAAAGAAAUGGAAAUUUAAAGACUAUUCCGACUGCUCCUACGCCAUUGAGAAAAACAAGUAUUACAACCGGUACGGUUGAUCGAUCAUCCGAAGGAGAUAAUGCGAGUUCACCUUUGGUAUCUAUGCCUACCAUUCCUGCUGUGUACCUUAUGAACGAUAAUCAAGCUUUGGAAAAAUUUGGAGAUGUAGAAAUAAAUAUUGAAUCGGAAGAAGGUCCGAAAAAGAAGAAUAGUAAUAACGAAACAAAUAAAGACGACAAAUAUUUAACAAUAAGAAGACAUACCGUGGGCCCAGGUGAUGCAAUGCACCAGCAAGUUUUGGAAUCACAUUACAAUCCAUAUUUAAAAUUAGAUAAUUGGAACGAAAUGAACAUAAUACCUAAUAUAAAUUUACCCGCGAAUAUUCCUUUGGUUCAACAUCAACCUCCUCAAAAUUUUACCAUUAAAGACCAACAUUUAUUGAAACCUCCUCCUGCCAUGGGAGCAAGUAAUGGUUUAGGAAGACGAGCAUCCGACGGGGGAGCCAACUUGGAAAUGUUUUUUCACAGGCAAAUGGAAGGAGUUUGGAGUCAACCUGGAAGAGGUAAUAAUAUCGAGGGACUUUCAUCGGAACCAUCACCUUCGGAAGAGAUAAAUGAAAAUUUUGCUGUUGCACGUAAAAGAAUAAAAAUUACAUUUUUUCAUUUUCUUUUCAGGUACAUGGAAAAAAGGGGGAAUAACAAACGUCACACUUUGGCAUUGGGUAGCGUGGAUGAAGUUGAAAAAUUACAAACGUCUAGUCCUCAAUCUUCGAAUAAUUCGCCCGCGGCUUCAUCCAGGACUAGAAGAACGGGACUCUUGACAGUCAUGGAACGACCACCGGGUGAGUUUAAAAAAAAAAUUUUUUUCUUUCUCUCUCUCUCUCUCUCUCAUUAA